AUGGCAGCUUCGUGCCUUAUCAGCGGGGUUUUCGCGGCAAUGCUGUUGAUUUCUGGAGCGUCUGCAGCCUUUAAUCCGGCGUUAAAUGCGUUUUCCCGCGCCGUGGCCCUGGACCGGACCCUGGUGGACAUCCCCCACCGUCUGCUGUGCCACGAGUUGUGUCUUAAAGACGUCUCCUGCGCCUCCUUCCAGUACGACCAGACGUCUCGGGAGUGCCGGGUCAGCAUCGUCAGGGACGAUCUGGAAGAACAUCCCGACGACGAUGUGGACGACUCGCUUCACGACCUUUCCCUUGAUGGGCUUCUUCCGACUAGUCCAGGCGCAGACUCGAUUCUUGGAUGCACCUCGGAGCCGGACGCUUGUAUCAACGGCCAUGUCUGUCAGGAAACCUGUACCUACGAUGGCGCGAUGACCUGCUCCUGUAGGUCCUCCACAUGGGACAGGGACGGCUGCAGAUCUGUCGAUGUUGGCAGCUGGGAGGAAUGGCAGAGCUGGGGAGACUGCUCAGCGACCUGUGGUGGCGGAAUGAAGACGCGCAUGCGCACAUGUAACGACCAAUAUGACGGCAAGAGCUGUGUGGGUAAAAGUACGGAGAACCGCGCAUGCGCGGAGACGCCUUGUCCAGUCUGGAGCGAGUGGAGCAGCUGGACGAAGUGCCAAAGGUGCGGCCGGUCCCGUACCCGGACCCGCACGUGCCCCAGCCCGGGGAAGUGUCACGGGGCUCCCGAUGAGAGGUCGUCCUGCAUGGGGAGCCGAGAAUGCUCCACCCUUGUCAGACUGCAGAGAGGCCUGUACGUGACUGACGGCUGGGUGGAAGUUUGGGACCAGCUGAACGGCUACUGGAGGCCGCUGUGCGGGAAUUGGACACAGGAAAACGGGAAGGUGGCAUGCCACCAUGUUGGAUUCAAAGACGUUGAAGAAGACACACCGCUCGACAUCAUGAGCCUGGGCUGUUUUAAUGACACUCCCUCGGAGAACCCGGAUGAAGAAGCCUGGAAUGCGACUGCGAUGAACGGACCGAACACCAGCGCCUCCUCUCCUGCAGACUGCCUAGCCUUCUGUUAUCCCAGGGGCUUCAAAUAUGCCGCCAUUCGGUCUAAGGACGUGUGUCAGUGCGGCAGAGGGUACGCGCGGAACGGGCAGGAGUUGUCGUCCAUGUGUAGCUGGAAGUGCGCCGGGGACACCAGCCGGACGUGCGGGAGCGAGCUCAACGAUCAUCUCAACGACGUCUUCGCAUACGCUCCGCUAGGAAAUAGCCUGUACUUUCCCAUGGACGAGAAACGUGCUCACAGCGGCGAGAUUAUGGGGGAACCGUCCGUGGUGAGUCGAGGUGGAGCAGGCCUGAUUGACGGGAUAGUCGGCAAGGCCCUGUAUCUGGACGGGAACGACCAAUGGGCGAAGUCGGAACUGCUGGACGGGUCUUGCCUAGGGAGCACGGACUAUUGUGAAGAUAGUUUCAGCAUUGGAAUGUGGCUGAAACUGAUGGAUGUUCCGGACGGCGAUCGCUACUACCUGUCUACAGGCGGCCACACCCAGUCCUCCUACGGCUUCAGCCUCUGGUACAACGCCGAGGAAGGCAAAGGGCCGGGGUUCAACGUCAGGCACCGCGAGGCGUCAUGUAAGUCGCACUUUGACAUCCCAGUCGGCACCUGGAUUCACUUGGUGCUAUCCUGGAGAAAACCGUGUGACAUCAACAUCUACAUCAACAGCACCCGAGUCGCCGACCUGGAGCUGAGGUUCGAGGCGCCUACACAGCUGGAUGAUUACGACAGAUAUACCGCCUUCGCUAUAGGAGCCCCCAACAACAAGGUCGCGCCCAAGGGUCUCUCCGGCCACGCCGUUUUUGACGAGCUUCGGUUCUGGGACAGAAAACUGGACGGGAAGGAGAUACACCAGGUCAUGAUGCACGACCUGAGGAUGUCGGGAGAUCACUACCACCCUCCGCCUGGGUCAAAGGUCAUGAAGGGGAAGUACAAGUGCACCGGAGAGGAGCCGCUACUGGGCAUGUGCGAGCACGAAGAGGACUCCUCAUUGGCUGACGAGCUGUGUCACACAAGCAACCUGGCUUUUGUGCGCUGUGUUCCCUACGGGCGGUGGGACGGCUGGUCUGCCUGGACGGAGUGUAAGGACGGACGGACACGCCGAACCCGGAAGUGCUCCACCCCAUCACCACACUAUGAGGGAGACUGUCGUGACAGUCCUGGGAAGGGACAGCAGGCCAAGUCAUGUGAGGUCAACCCCGUGAAGUAAAGGGACUGCAAAGCGUCGAAAGGUUGUUGGCAUAUGGGUAGUUCGGCCCCAAGCCUAUCAAGACGAUUCGCCACGUGCACCAUGCAUACAAUACGUAGAACUGUUUCUAAACGUUUUCCCGUUAAUCCUAGGCCUUAUUUUAACCAGACUUCCUAAAGUGCCUGCGCCAACUUUGACGUCGUAUAACUGACAAGCAACUUGGACUAGGACAACCAAACAUGGUGGCUUUCCCUAAACUUUUGUUUGCGACAAGUUGCAAGAAAUAAAAUAAGUUUAUGAAUAAAUGUUUUCGCUUUGCCAUGGCAACGGGUUUCCUGUAAGGCAUGUUUUACAAAAUUCAAUACCUUUGGUCCAAACAAUGAGAUUUAAAGGUUUUCUCGCUAAACCACUCUCGUUUUCAUGUAUCUUUAUCAAAUAUCUUUCAAUUUACUGUUUAUAAUCAGAUAUUCUUAAUUCAUACUGUGAUAACGUAAUUUAUCAAAUAUCAAGAUGGCGGACCACAUCAUGAAGUUUUACAUUAUAUAUUUUCACUCAAAUUUCAUUUCACUACUUUGUAUCUUUUACUGGUUCAAUCCCCAAUCGGAACCCCGUUGGAACUAAACCGUAACCUUAUCCAUACCUCGAGUCGUCCUGGACCUGGUCCCCAAUCGCACUGAUCGGCUAGGGGCCGAACUGUCCAGGUUCCAAAGCGUCCUGAUACAGCGUGAAAAUAAGAACUAGACACUUGGCCGGCAUCACUAGUUUACAGCAUGCACCUCAUGCAGCAUGUAUUCGUUCAAUGUUGUAUAUGUUCUACAUGUUACGUUGGAGUGUAAAAACGCGUUUUUCGUCUUCCAUAAUAUUGCCUCAAAAGAUGAGGCCCAAACCGACAGAACUAUUUCCAUGUAUAUCUUAAAAUGCAGUAUAAGAUAAGAAGUAGUUCUUAGUAUCAUUGUAUCGACAAUUCUUAUAUCACUGCAAUUAGCCCCUGGCAUGUACGCCUAAGACAGAUCUACCUGGUGUGAACUUUCCAUGUCUGUAGCCGCUAUGCAUUAGACUAUGAUGCUUGCGAAUGAUUGAUUGAUUGAUUGAUGUACAUAUGUAUUUCGAUCUUAUAUCUCAAUAGUUUAGAUGCAUUCUGUAUGGGUAGAAUUCAUUCUGAAGUAGGUCCAAACUGUUGUUGAGCAGAAAAGUUCCUUCCUUCAUAUUAUGUAUGUUCAAUGAUGACAUCAAGUAUAAAGACAGGAUUGUAGCAUUUGCAUUUAUUACGUCACGUAACAGCUAUGCUUUACAAGAUGCAGGACACAGGUAACACACCAGAGCUGUUGUGAAAUGUCGAGCGUUUCCUUGCUGCAGUAGACGAAAA